GGGAAAGUCGGAGAAGCUCAUUCACUUAGCUCCAGCUCCAGUUCCCUCUCGCGCUCGCUUUCUUCUUCCUAGAAGGACAUUUCCAGUCGCUCUUGUGAUCUCGCCCGCAACCCCCAGUUGCCUCGCCCUCGACUCGACUCGACGCGUCGCCUAUCACUCCGGUCCACAAUCGCCCAGACACCAGGACGAUGAAGCUUUCUUGGCUGGCCGGGUCGUUGCUCGGCGCCAUCCCGACCCUCGCUAUCCCGACCAUCACAGCUGUUGGGAACAAGUUCUUCACGAGCGAAGGCGAUCAGUUCUUUCUGAAAGGUACCCUACCUUCCUAUGAGUUCUGCCCGCAGUCGCAAGCUCGAGAUUCUAACUUUUGCACAGGAAUUGCAUACCAAUUGAGACCAGAUGACCCACUCAUUGACACCGAGCAGUGCGCCCGGGAUGCUGCACUCAUGAAGACCCUGGGCGCCAAUGCUAUCCGCGUGUACCACGUCGACGCCAAAGCAGACCACUCGGGCUGCAUGUCCGAGUUUGCCAAGGCUGGCAUAUACGCUCUGAUAGACAUGGAUACCUUCAACACAUAUAUCCUGCCGAACAAUCCGUGGUGGAACGAGACGCAAUACAAGGCCUACGCCGCGGUCAUGGAUGCCUUCUCUGAUUUCGACAACACUCUCGGCUUCUUCGUUGGCAACGAGAUCAUUGCUAUCUCGAACCAAUCAACGGCCGCACCCUUCAUCAAGGCGGCAUCUCGCGACUUGAAGGCCUACCGUGACAAAAAGGGGUACCGCAAGUUCCCCGUUGGCUACUCCGCCACUGAUAUUGCCGAGCUGCGGCCUAUGCUCCAGGACUACCUCACGUGCGGAGGAAACCCGGCCGACAACGUUGACUUCUUUGCGCUCAACUCGUACGAGUGGUGCGAUCCGGCAGACUACCUAAACUCAGGUUAUCAGAACCUGCAGUCUAUGGCCGUGGACUUCCCUGUUCCCAUCUUCUUCUCAGAAACUGGCUGCAACGUCCCUGGACCCAGGCUUUUCGACGAUCAGGCCGCCAUCUUUGGCCCUGAGAUGGUGAAUGACUGGAGUGGCUCCAUCAUCUACGAAUGGAUCGAGGAAGCAAAUAACUACGGCCUGAUUUCGUACGGCCCCGCGCUCAAUCCCACGGCCGUCGGCGAGGAUAUCGACGACGGCUUCACCCGAAAGGGCACACCGCUCCCGGUUUCCCCCGACUUCAACAACCUCAAGUCCCAGUGGGCAAAGAUCACCCCCACGGGUGUUGCCAGCUCCGAGUACACCCCAAAGGUCUCGACACGAAAGUGCCCAGCCUCGACUUCGGGCGGCUGGCUCCUCGACGGAAACGUCGCGCUACCGACCAUCGGUGAGACCUUCAGCGGCUCCUUCUCCUCCGCCCCCACCGCCGCACCCUCGAAGACGGGCGGGACCGCAGCGUCGCCGUCCUCGACCAAGAAUCCCGCCCCCGCGAACAAGGAGAUCGCCGGCAUGAGCGCCGGCCUCGUCGGCGUCAUGCUCUUCUUCACGUUUUGGCUGUGAGGCUCUCGCAGCUCCUCCUAAUGAUAUACCCCCUUGAAAGAAGUCUUAUGAGAGAUAUUCCCCCGUUUACGAAUUUGAGUUUUAUACCGGACGGGGGCUUGCAUGUUUUAGUGGGCGGAACUUU